CAAACCGCCUCGAUUUCGCAGGCGCACGUGUGUGUACAAAACUAAAAAUAAGACUCGAAAAGCCUAUCUUGAGUUUGAGAAAGAAAACGGGUUAUAAUUAGUAGUAAUUUGUUUUGUCGCGAUUAUGGCCGUAACAGCAACAGACCCACCUUCAAUUCUUCCUGGUGCAAAUGAAGGGGAAACAACAAUGGUUGUUAAGAAAUUAUCAGCACCUCUAACUCAAAAGGUUGAACCUGUUGGUAGAUGGUAUGAAGCUUACCAGAACCGACUUCAUAGUAAACAUUCUGUUUCACAGCAUUCUGUAGAAAGUUCUAGCUCAGAUGAAAGUGAAGAUGAUACUGAAAUAGAAGACAACACACAAUUUCUUAUGUCCCUUGAUCCUAAGGAUUGGAAGAAUCAAGAUCAUUAUAUAGUACUUGGUUUGGAGAAACUCAGAUACAAAGCAACAGAAGAUCAGAUUAAGAAAGCCUACAAACGUCAAGUAUUACAUCAUCAUCCUGAUAAACGUAAAGCUAGAGGUUUAAAUGUGAAGGAAGGAGAUGAUGAUUAUUUUACAUGUAUAACAAGAGCAUGGGAAACUUUGGGUGUUCCUGCUAAAAGAAGAUCAUUUGACAGUGUAGACCCAGAGUUUGAUGAUGACGUGCCAUCCAACAAUGCAUUGGCCAAGGAAAAAUUCUAUAAAGUAUUCCGACCCAUCUUUGAAAUGAAUGCAAGAUGGUCAAAGAAACCAAAAGUCCCGGAACUUGGUGAUGAAAAUACACCUUAUGAUGAUGUUGAUGAUUUUUAUGGAUUUUGGUAUGAUUUUGAUUCUUGGAGAGAGUUUUCUUACUUAGAUGAAGAAGAAAAGGAAAAGGGAGAAAAUCGUGAUGAAAGAAGAUGGAUUGAAAAACAGAAUAAAGCAGCUCGACAAAAGAGAAAGAAGGAAGAAACAAGCAGAAUAAGACAAUUAGUAGAUAAUGCAUAUGCCUGUGAUCCUAGAGUAAUCAAAUUUAAAGAAGACGAAAAAGCUAAAAAGAUUGCCAUGAAAAAAGCUAAACAAGAUGCCAUUAAACAGAGACAAGAGGCUGAAGAAAAACAAAGGCGAGAUGCUGAAGAGGAAGAAAGGCUGGUAAAACAGAAAGAAGCUGAUGAAAUAAAAGCAAGGGCGGAGGUGGCCAAAAAAGAAAGAGAAGAACAAGAUAAAGCAUUUAAAAGAGAAAAAAAAUUAUUAAUGGCUUCAGCAAAGGAGAAGAAUUAUUUUGCUAGUAAUGAUGAUGAACGUGUGAAGAAUAUAUUAGAUGUAGAUAAAUUAGCACGACUACUAUCAUUAGUAAGUUUAAAAGAAUUGAAUGAGAAAAUUACAAGCAGUGAUGAUGAAAGUGCCAAAGCAGCAUAUCUUUGUGAGGUGAAGGCAAUGAAUGCUAAGUUAGAAGAAGAGAAGAGAAAACAGAUUCAAGCAUUACAUAAGAAGAAAGGUUCUGAUGGCAGUAAAAGUCUUAAGGAUUGGCCAGACGUAGAAUUACAAUUUCUUAUUAAAGCUGUUAAUUUAUUUCCUGCCGGUACACAAGACAGGUGGGAAGUCAUAUCUAAAUUUAUCAAACAACAUGUUAGUACUUCCAAUAAAAAUGCAAAAGAUGUUCUGGCUAAGGCAAAAGAAUUACAGAAAAACGAUGGUUUUAUGAAGGAUGCUGCUGAUAGAAAAGCAUUUGAGAAAUUCAAUGAAUCUCACAAAUCUGCACCUCCAAGUCAACAGGGUGUUCCUAGUGAACGACUUGAAAGUGUAGCGGAACAACAAAUCAGACAAACAGGUACUAAUCCAGCACCAUGGUCGGCUGAUGAACAGAAAUUAUUAGAACAAGCCUUAAAGACAUUUAAUGCUAGUACACCAGAAAGAUGGGAAAAAAUAUCAGAAGCUGUACCUACUAGAAGUAAAAAAGAUUGCAUGAAAAGAUAUAAGGAAUUAUGUGAAGUGAUAAAGGCAAAGAAAGCAGCCCUUCAAGAGGCAGCAAAAGUCAAAAAAGCAUGAUUUCUACAGAUUUUAGUUCUAAAUAUCUGGUUCUCAUUGUACUUGUAUUUUCUUCUUUGUAUAUUUAAUAACCAGUGAUAAUACUGCGACAGUGAUUAAUAUUGCAAGUGACAAUAUUCGAUGCAUAAUUGAAGAUGGAAAAGUUCUUUUUUAUACGCCCACAUUUUCAUGUGGACGUAUAUUGUCGUCUCCCCUGUCCGUCCGUCUGUCCGUCCACAAUUUGUUUGUGGACACUCUACAGGUCACAAUUCUUAUCCGAUUUUGACGAAACUUGAAAUAUAGAUUUAUCUCCAAAAGAUCUCGACUACUUUCGAUAUUGGCAUGUAUCGGAUCGAAACUUCAUGGGUUAUGGCCCAUGUUUGUACGAAAAAUCACGUUUUUAGCUUGUGGACCCUAUAGAGGUCACAAUUUUCAUCCGAUUUUGUUGAGACUUGAAAUAUAAGGUUAUAACACAAAGAUCUCAGAUCCUUUGGAUAUUCGCGCAUAUCGGACCGUAACUUCCCAAAUUAUGGGCCCUGAUUGUACGAAAAAUCGCGUUUUUAGCUUGUCGACCCUAUAGAGGUCAUAAUUUUUAUCCAAUUUAAAAAAACGUAUUAUAAUAUCACCGUUACACCCUAAGGAUGGCUCAGUUUGAAUUUCGUGACAAUCGGCCCAAAAUUGACAGACGAAAUGGACACCCUUCGUUCUCAAAUAGCGUACAAAUAUGGUAUAUCAAGGUUGUGGACCCUGUAGAGGUCACAAUUUUUAUCCGAUUUUGUUGAAACUUGAAAUGUCAGUUUAUCACCCAAAGAUCUUGGUUCCUUUUGCUAUUCGCGCAUAUAUCGGACCGUAACUUCCUGAAUUAUGGCCCCUGAUUGUACGCAAAAUCGCGUUUUUAACUUGUGGACCCUAUAGAGGCCAUAAUUUUUAUCCGAUUUAUAAGAACGUAUUAUUAUAUCACCGUUACACCCUAAGGACGGCUGAGUUCGAACUUUGUGAAAAUCGGCCCAAAACUGACAGACAAAAUGGCCGCCCUUCGUUCUCAAAUAGCGUAAAAAUACGAUAUAUCAAGGUUGUGGACCCUGUAAGAGGUCGCAAUUUUUAUCCGAUUUUGUUGAAACUUAAAAUGUAAGUUUAUAACCCAAAGACCUCGUUUUUUUUCGAUAUUUGGGAUUAUCGAAUUGUAAUUUCCUGAAUUAUGACCCUUGAUUGUAGGAAAAAUCACUUUCUUUUUAGCUUGUUCUCUAUCCAUCUCUCGAAAAUGUGGGCGUAUCCUACCUGGCAGCCGCUGGCUAUCUGAUUUUGUUGAAACUUGAAAUGUAAGUUUAUAACCCAAAGAUCUCGGUUGCUUUCGAUAUUUGCGCAUAUCGAAUUGUAAUUUCCUGAAUUAUGGCCCUUGAUUGUAGGAAAAAUCACUUUCUUUUUAGCUUGUUCUCUAUCCAUCUCUCGAUAAUGUGGGCGUAUCCUGUCUAGCAACCACUGGUUGAUUAAAAUGUGAUAUCAGAACAUUUUUAUACGCCAACAUUUUCAUGUGUACGUAUAUUGUUGUCGCGUCUGUCCGUCCGUCCACCCACAAUUGUUUGUGAACACUCUAGAGGUCACAAUUUGUAUACUCCCACAUUUUCAUGUGGACGUAUAUUGUCGUCGCCCCUGUCCAUCCGUCUGUCCGUCCAAAAUUGUUUGUGAACAGUCUACAGGUCACAAUUUUUAUCCGAUUUUAGCGAAACUUCAAAUAUAGGGUUAUCACCCUAAGAUCUUGGUUCCUUUCGAUAUUGGCAUGUAUCGGACUGUAACGUCAUGGAUUAUGGCCCCUGAUUGUACGAAAAAUCACGUUUUUAGCUUGUGAACACUGUAGAGGUCACAAUUUUUAUCCGAUUUGGUUUAAACUUGAAAUGUAUGCUUAUAACCCAAAGAUCUCGGUUCCUUUCAAUAAUCGCGCAUAUCAGAACGUAACUUACUGAAUUAUGGCCCCUGAUUGUACGAAAAAUCACGUUUUUAGCUUGUGAGCCCUAUAGUCAUAAUUUUUAUCCGAUUUAAAAAAACGUAUUAUUAUAUCACCGUUACACCCUAAGGACGGCUGAGUUCGAAUUUCGUGAAAAUCGGCCCAAAACUGACAUACAAAAUGGCCACCCCUCGUACUCAAAUAGCGUAAAAAUAUGGUAUAUCAAGGUUGUGGACCCACUAUAGGUGACAAUUUUCUUCUGAUUUUGAUGAAACUUGAAAUGUAAGUUUAUAACCCAAAGAUCUUGGUUCCUUUCGAUAUUUGCACAUAUCGGAUUGUAAUUUCCUGAAUUAUGGCCCCUGAUUGUACGAAAAAUCGCUUUUUGUGUAGCUUGUUCUCUCUUGCAAAAUGUGGGCGUAUCCUGCCUGGCAGCCACUGGUUUUCCUAGUUUAUUAUUAAAAUUAUUUAGUUUUGAUUGAAUUACAAA